ACUGUACGGCCCUCUCCAGCACCAUGCCUGAACGGAUGCGCUGAGGCUGGUUUAACCUCGGAGAAAAGACCGUUUAAAAGCAGCAGAGGCGAGAUGGAGCUGGAUAACAGCACACUGGACUACUUUACCAGCAACUUCACAGACAUUCCUGACACCACAACAACUCCACCCUGGAGCGAGACCACGCUGCUCGGUCUCCAGAUCUCCCUGUCCGCACUGUUAGCCGUCGUCACGCUGGCUACCGUGCUCUCAAACGCCUUCGUCAUCGCCACCAUCUUUCUCACCAGGAAGCUCCACACCCCUGCCAACUUCCUGAUCGGCUCCCUCGCCGUCACAGACCUGCUGGUGUCUAUUUUAGUCAUGCCGAUCAGCAUUGUCUACACUGUCAGCAAGACGUGGUCGCUGGGACAGAUUGUUUGCGACAUCUGGCUGUCGUCUGACAUCACCUUCUGCACCGCCUCCAUUUUGCACCUGUGUGUGAUCGCGCUGGACCGCUACUGGGCCAUCACAGACGCGCUGGAGUAUUCGAAACGCCGCACCAUGCGUCGGGCGGCAGUCAUGGUCGGGGUGGUGUGGGUGAUCUCCAUAUCGAUUUCCAUGCCUCCACUUUUCUGGCGGCAAGCCAAAGCCCACGAGGAGCUGACAGAGUGCAUGGUGAAUACUGAUCAGAUCUCUUACACCCUAUACUCCACCUUCGGCGCCUUCUACGUCCCCACAGUGCUUCUCAUCAUCCUCUAUGGACGGAUCUAUGUCGCCGCCCGCUCCCGCAUCUUUAAGACGCCAUCGGCUUCGGGAAAACGCUUCACCACAGCACAGCUCAUCCAGACCUCUGCAGGCUCCUCUCUCUGUUCUCUUAAUUCUGCCUCCAACCAGGAAGCACACCUACACCAUGUCGGAGGAGGAGGGGGAGGGUCACCUCUGUUCAUGAACAGUGUGAAAGUGAAGCUGGCAGACAGCGUGCUGGAGAGGAAACGUCUGUGCGCGGCUCGGGAGAGGAAAGCGACCAAGACACUGGGCAUCAUCCUGGGCGCUUUCAUUGUCUGUUGGCUCCCAUUUUUUGUGGGCACGCUCGUCAUGGCCAUAUGUAAAGAGUGCUGGUUUGAUCCGGUGCUUUUUGAUAUAUUUACCUGGCUUGGAUACCUGAACUCCCUCAUCAAUCCUGUUAUCUACACCGCAUUCAACGACGAGUUCAAACAGGCUUUCCAAAAACUCAUUAAAUUCAGACGAUGCUCCUGAAAAAAACGGAUUAAUACUGCAGCUCUUGGAAAACAGGGAGUGACAAAGACAAAGAUAAUAAUGAUAAUGAAAGUACUAAAUGUCCCAUCUUGUAAACACAUGCUAAUUGUGAUUUUUGGGUUUUUUUUAUAUCAAACAGCUCCGUGCCAUAGCUCUUUAGAUACCGUAUAUAGAUUUAUGCAUGCAUGCUAAAAAAAAAAAAAAAAUAGAAACCUUUGUGGAACUCAUCUUAAAACGGCAAAGAAAGAGGAUUUGAAGUCUAUUUCAUGUUGCAGGGACUGCAGGGCAUUAUUUGUUGGACAAAAGCAGAAAUCAAACAUGGAUUAGUGUAACCUUAUAGA